AUGCCCGCACUCAUAAUAAAAGCCCCUACUCCCCUACCACCCUCCCUCUCAUCCCCCACCAUCUUCCUAUCCGGCACCAUCUCCCCCCCACCAGCGCCAACCUGGCAAUCAACCCUCAGCACCUCGCUCUCCCACCUCGCAGUAACAAUCCUCAACCCCCUGCGUCCAGACUGGGAUGCCUCCUGGCGAGAAAACCGCUCCGAUGCCCGGUUCGUCACCCAGGUGAACUGGGAGCUGGACGGGCUCGAGAGGGCUGAUGUCGUGGUUGUGUAUUUCGGCGCGGAGGCCAAGGCGCCGGUUACGCUGUUGGAGUUGGGGCUGGUGGUGGGGAGGGGGAAGAGGGUUGUGGUUUGUUGCGAAGAUGGGUUCUGGAAGAGGGGGAAUGUGGAGUUGCUUUGUGAGAAGAUGGGGGUUGCGUACGUGGGGAGUUUGGAAGAGUUGAGGAGGGUGGUGGUGGGGAUGUUAAGAGAGUUAGGGGUGAGUGUUGAUGGAUAG